UUAAAAGAGAGGCAAUAAAAACUGGUUAUAGUAGACAAUUUUAGCUGCAUCAUAAUUAAUAUUAUAUUUUUAAAUAUAUGUAUAUUACUGGUUGGAAUAUUUUUAAACUAUUUUAUUUCCCAAAAACCCCAUCUCAUUAUUAGUUAACAACGAGGUUUCGUCGCGCAUAGUAUAAAAUAUAAUACACCAAAGUAGUUGUGCUCGCUUGUUUUUUUUAUAGUGCGCGUUGUUGUUCCUUUGUUCGUGUCCCACAUAUGUAAACGCGUGUGUAUACAAAUUUCUAAGUGUUAGCGCGCUGCCUUUGACUCGAUCAUCCAGCAAAGUCUGUAUUGUAUUAUCGAAAGGAAAUAAUGCGGGUCUAAGUCCGCUAAGUGUACAAUUGUGCCGAUUAGAAGUGGAAAGCAUAUUGUGAAGCGUAAACAAACCUAUUCGUAUGCAUGCUCCCAAGCGUAGUUCGACUUAACAUACACAAGUAGCCCGUCUCCAGAGCGGUCAAAGUUUCAAGUGCGUGACAUUAACAACUUCUCCAUAGAUAUAUUAAAAUUUAUUCACAAGGAAUGGUUAUAUCUUUCUUUUUCGUAUGAUUUUCUAAUUAUUGAUUUGUGCUGGCUUUAUUGUUUGUGUGUUAAUGUUGGUGAAUCACAAUCACAAAACAAUAACGCCCCUCAUCACACUCUAAAUCAACGAAUAUAAAUGAAUAAUUAAUAUAAUAAUCAGUUGUUAAAAUAAGUAAACGCAUAGAAGUCGGCCAUAGAGGCAUUGAUAAGAAUUAACAAAUCGGCAUAAACACCAGAAGCGAAUAUAAAACAACGAAACAACCCUCUUCCCUCUAGGAAGUAGUAGUAGUUUGGAAGAAAAACUUUGCAAGCGUUAAUUGAUUGCAGCAUCCAUACGCUCUACUGUCGACACAGUCGAGAUAAGUGCUUACAGCUGUGCACAUCACAGCUGGAAAUAUUGCAAUCGAACAGUUGCAUUAAAUUAGCGCGCUGUCGCAAUUACACGAACGUCUCACCAUUUGUGCAAAGAUAAUCUAAAAAUAAAUCUAUUGUGAAAAUUUGUAUAAUCCAAAAAUAAAAAAAAAUUAAUUUAAUACAAAAGCGCGCAAUUAAUUAGAAGAACGUAAAUUCGCGUAAAAAUGCCUACUUCGACAGAUGAUGCCCUGCCAAUAGUGGAGAAUGAGGAGGCGCGUCCACCAUCGCCUGCCUCAGUGGCACGGCGCAGUCCUCAGGACAACGAGUUGGAUCUGCAACCCAGCGGUUGUGGUUCGUCGAUGUGCUGCAACCCUACCAGCGGCGUGCAUCGUUUCAUUGCCUUGAUUUUUAUGUGCCUGCUUGGAUUUGGUUCCUAUUUUUGCUACGACAACCCCGGCGCACUACAGGAGGUCUUCAAACAUGAUCUCAACAUCACCACCACCGAAUUCACGCUCAUCUAUUCCAUCUACUCGUGGCCGAAUGUGGUGCUCUGUUUCAUUGGCGGUUUUCUAAUUGAUCGCGUCUUCGGCAUACGUCUCGGCACAAUCAUCUAUCUAUUCAUUUUACUUAUUGGUCAAUUGAUAUUCGCCUCGGGUGGCCUUUUGGGCACAUUUUGGAUAAUGAUUGUGGGACGUUUCAUAUUCGGUAUCGGUGCUGAGUCGUUGGCUGUGGCACAAAACAAUUACGCUGUGCUCUGGUUCAAGGGGAAGGAAUUGAAUAUGGUGUUCGGUUUGCAAUUGUCCGUGGCGCGUUUUGGUAGCACUGUGAAUUUCUGGGUCAUGCAACCGAUAUAUGACUAUGUAUCGAAAUUCUAUACGGAUCAUAGAGCAAUUGGUGUGGUGUUGUUGCUGGCGGCUGGCACAUGUGUCUUGUCACUUUUGUGCGCUCUGAUUUUGGGCUGGAUGGACAAACGUGCCGAACGCAUUUUGCAACGUAACACCAAUCCUUCCGGUGAGAUUGCCAAGCUCAGUGAUGUCACUACAUUCAAGGUCAGCUUUUGGAUGGUCUCAAUUAUCUGCGUGGCCUAUUAUGUUGCCAUCUUUCCUUUCAUCGCUUUGGGCAAAACCUUCUUCAUGCAUCGUUUCCACUUCACACCGGAUCAAGCUAAUAACGUCAAUUCGAUUGUGUAUUUAAUCUCGGCUAUUGCUUCGCCCGUUUUCGGCUUUGUUAUCGACAAAACCGGUCGCAAUGUCAGCUGGGUAUUUUGCGCAACAUUCACCACAAUUGGCGCACAUGCGCUGCUUGCAUUUACACUUCUUAACCCAUACAUUGGUAUGAUCAUUAUGGGUCUGUCGUAUUCCAUGUUGGCCGCUAGCCUUUGGCCACUAGUUGCUUUGAUCAUUCCCGAGUAUCAAUUGGGCACAGCUUAUGGCUUCUGUCAGUCUGUGCAAAAUCUUGGUCUGGCCGUAAUCACCAUUGUUGCUGGCAUGAUUGUCGAUCGCAGCGACGGCAAUUACGUUUGGGUUGAACUCUUCUUUAUGGGUUGGCUGACAGUUGCUUUAAUUUCCACCUGCGUAAUCUGGGGCUAUGACAAGAAGGUGAAAGGUAACCUGAAUAUGACGCCAGCACAACGUGUCCAAUAUGCUAGCGCAAUGUAUGUGAAAUUCUAAUGAAAUGAAAAUGCAAACGCAAACAAGCGUGCUGCAAAUCAGGAUAAUGGUGUGUACUCCAGUGAUCAGGAGCCGCUGCUGGAUGAUUAAAAAGUAUGCGAAAACAGUAGUUUCGGCAAACAACAUCGUGAGCGUGAGAGCUAGAGAGAUCGAGAGAGGGAGAGAGUAUUAGAACACACGGAUUACAGGGCGUGCGUGGCUGGUGGAGGCUGUAAUUUGCAGUAGGCCAAACAAAAAACACUAAUCAUAAUAAUCCUUGUAGUUAUUGUAAUUGUAACAAAAUUGAUUUUCGACGGUACCACCAAAUAGCCUAUUGGCGCAUAUCACUACUAACCUAUAUUCAUCUGCAUAUUUAACGCGAUCCCUCAAAUGCACUUAUAGUGUUGUUCUUUAUGCUAUACCUAUUGGUGAUUUUUUUGAUUUUUACAUUUUACGAAAAUAUUUUUUUUAUCGAUACAUUUACAAUUUAGUUAAAAACCACAUUUUACAACAUAACCAAUUUAUUUUUUAAGCGCAAAUCAAACAAUUUAACACAUGCAAUAUAUAUUCUUUAUUUAAAAACUCGUAACGGCGUUCGCAACAAAAUACAACAUGUUAGAUCAAAGCUGAACCUGUUGUAAUGUUUUCAACAUUUGUAAACACUAGUAUUUUACAAGCAUUUGGCAUUUCUUUAGCAAAUAAUUUUUAGGCAGCAAAAUUAUGUAAAUUUCCAACAAAUAAAAAUAAAAUUUAAAAUAAAGACAACAAACUAUUUAGAUAGUAACAUAAAGCAAAAUUUUGUGAGCGCGUUAAGUGUUUGUCGUCCCUGUUGACGCAAAUUUUAAAUAUAUAGCUUUUAGUGGCAAAAUUAAUGUUGUAACAUAAUGUUAACUAUUUCUCUAUAUUAGCAAUGGAAUCGCUUCGAAAUGUGUAUUUAUUGUUGACUUUUAAAUGUAUAUGUGUGUAUUAUGCGCAUUAGAGAAAAAUAAAAUUAAAUAUAUACAAGCAAACAUAAAAUAAAUGAUAAUACAAUAAAUCUCUCACAAAUAUCAUAACUACAUUUUAGAUAUAAAAUAUAUGCAACUAAUCAAUUAUCAUAUUUACAAAUAUACAUACAAACAUAUAUCAUAGAAAUAUUUAUAUUUAAAUGCUAUAAGUGAAUGUUGAAUUUGGCUGCGUGCAGACGGUUGUGCGCGGCUGCGGAUGAGUUGUUAUGUGAUUUAGCAAAAGACCAAGAAUAAAGAACAAAAAAAAAAUACAUAAAUAUAUACAUACAUAUUUAAAAUAACGAUGUAUAAAGAACUAAUGUUUACAACCGUAUAAAUAAAAGAAAUUAAGCUUACACAAGA